CUGUACCAGCAGUGCAGGCAAUUUACCUUACAGUAUGAUAGCUGUCGAAAAUACCGUAUUGGAGUCAUUUGGGACCUGUUUUUCUAUUCGAUCAAAAAUUCCAAGCAUGAUAUCAUACCGGGUCCGUAAAUUAAUGCUUAUUGAUGUCGGAGGAAGGUGUAUGUGGCAAGCACUGGGGAAAUGUUUCCGUACAGGGCAGGGUUUAUUUCAUAGGUUAACCUGUAUUAACCAUUCACUGAAUUUCUUAUGGAUCUUCGUUACAUACGGUACCUACAGUUCAAGUACCGUAUUCGAGCACUUGUACUGACAGACAACCUAUCACACCCGUGCAGUAAAUUAAGCACCAGAAUGAUUGAACCUCACACUUGGACGUUGGAGUUGCCUCUCCAAGCAGGGUCUAUUAUUGUAUUUUUUUUCUUUUCUUCUUUUCUUUUUAUCUGUCUCAGUGGAAUGCCAGAGGCAAGUUUCCUUUUGGAGAUAUUCCCCCCUUUACCGUAUCAAACUGAAAGAGGGGAAUUAUGGAUGUCUUGGCAUGAGCUUCAAUCAUUCCCGGUGCUCGCGGUAGGCUGAAAGCGUUAUGGAAAAAGGAAAAAAGAACCCCAAAGAGGAAAAGAAAAAGAAAAAAAUUAUCGCGCGACCAGUUAAGAUCGACGACCAUUCAUCUCUCCCGAAGCAUUUUUCUUUAAAGAAAGGAGAAUAACUUCAACGAAACAGCCCCAGACGACUUGAGCAUCUGGACCUGAGCCCAGACGAAUAAAGCCCCCCCCUCUCCUUACCCACUAUCCUAAUUCCGGCCUCCAUCGGCCGCACCACACUCGUUUCUUUUCUUUCUCCUCUUCCUCUCCCGUCGUAGUCUGGACCAGACCUUCAACUUUCGCGAAUACCGAGGCCCGUGAUGCACUUCGCACUUCCAGGAAGGAACCAUCGUUCCUCCCCCUUUCCCGCGGGCAGCGUCCCACGAGCAUAUUUUGGUCGAAAAAGACCACUAUGCGCGGUGGUAUUUCUAGCGAUACUGCUGUUGAUAGCCUUUUCCCGGAAUUCAGGAGACAGGAGACCGGAAGGCGCACCUCACACGGUGAUGAUUCUAUUAACCAACAAAACCGGGCACUCAACAAGUUACAUCAACAAGGUGGUGGAGAAUAGAAAGGAAUAUGCUGAAACGCAUGGUAAUCCUCUUCUCCUCUUCCUCACCGUGAAAGAGAGCAACAAUGUGCAAAGCAAAAGAAGCCCCCCCCCAAUUAACAAUGUUUUAGGCUACGGAUUCUUCGCCGGGAACGUUACCGACUACCCCGUCGGCGAGGCACCAAACGGCUGGGCGUGCAUCCCCGCCAUCAGGCACGCCAUGAAGGAAUACAAAUACUCCACCUACUUCUGGUUCCUCGACCAGGACGCCGUAAUCAUGAACCCCUCGCUCUCGCUGGAGCAGCACAUCUUGGUUCCUGGGAGACUGGGCAGCAUUAUGCGUAGGGGUGUACCCGUCGUCCCGUCGAGUACCGUUAUCGAGACGUACAAACACGUCCCCCCUGAGAGGGUGCAGUUCAUCAUCACGCAAGAUGCUGGGGGAUUGCAGCCCGGGAGCAUGAUCAUUAAGGCGGGACCGUGGGCUCAUUACUUGCUUGACGCUUGGUUCGAUCCGAUUUUUAGAAAUUAUGGGUUUCAGAAGGCGGAGCAGCACGCUCUUGUAUGUUCCCGCAUCGGGUCCUCUCCUGACGUGGACCGUCAGCUAACCAACGGCGACUUAUAGGAGCACAUUGUCCAAUGGCACCCUACAGUCCUGACUAAGUUGGCCGUGAUCCCGCAGAAAAUAAUGAACUCCUACCCCGAUGUGCCGGGCCUCGGUGGAACUUACGAGGACGGGGACUUGCUCGUCCGUCUCAAGGGCUGCGCAGAGGUAAAAGGCCGGAGUUGCGAGAAGGAGUUCCAAAAGUACUUGGAGAAGCGGACCCCGUCGGAGUAAAAUUGAUAAUGGAUCACCCGCCUAAUACGCCUCCUUCCCCUGUAUAGAAUUUUUGUCCCAUCUCCAUGUUCCCUCUCUUCCGGUUUGUCAUAUAGUCUCAGCCCUUCUCUUCCAUCUAGGUUUGCCUUGGGUGUUUUCGUUCCUCGCCUGUUUGUUUGUUUGUUUGUUUGUCUGUCUGUCUGUCGGAGGCAGGAGUUGUUAGAACGAUCAAUAGAUGAAUACCGAUGAAU